UCACACAUAAAAGAAGUCUCAGGGAGCACAUGAGUACUCAUUCUAAAGAGAAUCUGUUGACAUGUGACCAGUGUGGAGAGGGUUUUGCAUGUAAACAAAGCCUGAAUGAGCACAUAGGAACUCAUGCUGAAGAGAAACUGUUGACAUGUGACCAGUGUGGAAAGAGUUUCACACGUAAAAGAAGUCUCAGGGAGCACAUGAGUACUCAUUCUAAAGAGAAUCUGUUGACAUGUGACCAGUGUGGAGAGGGUUUUGCAUGUAAACAAAGCCUGAAUGAGCACAUAGGAACUCAUGCUGAAGAGAAACUGUUGACAUGUGACCAGUGUGGAGAGGGUUUCAUAAGUAAAAGAAGUCUCAGGGAGCACAUGAGUACUCAUUCUAAAGAGAAACUGUUGACGUGUGACCAGUGUGGAGAGGGUUUCACAUGUAAAAAAAGCCUGAAUGAGCACAUAGGAACUCAUGCUGAAGACAAAGUGUUCACAUGUGACCAGUGUGGAAAGAGUUUCGCACGUAAAAGAAGUCUCAGGGAGCACAUGAGUACUCAUUCUAAAGAGAAACUGUUGACAUGUGACCAGAAACCUUUCCAGUGUUCACACUGUGACAAGAGAUUCAGUAGGUCAGGACACCUGAAAACACAUGAGAGGAUCCACACUGGAGAGAAACCUUACAAGUGUUCAUACUGCGACAAGAGAUUCAGUAGGUCAGGACACCUGAAAACACAUGAGAGGAUCCACACUGGAGAGAAACCUUACAAGUGUUCAUACUGCGACAAGAGAUUCAGACAGUCAGGAGACCUGAAAAGACAUGAGAGGAUCCACACUGGAGAGAAACCUUACAAGUGUUCAUACUGCGACAAGACAUUCAAUCAUUCAGGAUCUCUGAAAACACAUGAGAGGAUCCACACUGGAGAGAAACCUUACAAGUGUUCAUACUGCGACAAGACAUUCUAUCAUUCAGGAUCCCUGAAAACACAUGAGAGGAUCCACACUGGAGAGAAUUCGUACAAGUGUUCACACUGCGACAAGAGAUUCAGUAUGUCAGGAUACCUGAAAGCACAUGAGAGGAUCCACACUGGAGAGAAACCUUACAAGUGUUCACACUGCGACAAGAGAUUCAGUAUGUCAGGAUACCUGAAAGCACAUGAGAGGAUCCACACUGGAGAGAAACCUUACAUGUGUUCAUACUGCGACAAAAGAUUCAGUAGUUCAGGAGACCUGAAAAGACAUGAGAGGAUCCACACUGGAGAGAAACCGUACAAGUGUUCAUACUGCGACAAGACAUUCUAUCAUUCAGGAUCCCUGAAAACACAUGAGAGGAUCCACACUGGAGAGAAACCUUACAAGUGUUCAUACUGCGACAAGAGAUUCAGACAGUCAGAACAUCUGAAAAGUCAUCGGAGGAUCCACACUGGAGAGAAACCAUAUCUGUAA